CAGAAAUUAAAUAAAUGAGAAUAAUAAUAAUUUUUCGAAAAGAAACUUUCUAACAUGAUUGUAAAAAAAAUUGUGCUUCGCGUAGAGUGACACCUCGUGUUAAUGCAGUCAUACAUUGCGAUUAGCUGAUGGAUGGACGAGAGAAGAAAAUAUAUUCUGCAUAAAAUACAAAAUGGAAGAAGAGAAGACAAAAGACCGAUAGAGAAAAAUCCCGUGCAUCGUAUUUCCGUCGAAACAUUUUCAUUUCAUCAGAUACAAAUAUUUUCCAAAAUAUUAUAUCCUUGGCCAUGUCCAAUAAAUCCAAAUUAACACGUUGCGAAAUAUGAUACGAAUAAUACAAAAAUUGUAACGAAACGAUGCAUAGAAUGUGUGUGUAUUUCAAUAUUUUUCCAUCUUUUUUUUUUCAAAUUCCUUUUUUACACGAGAUAAAAAAAAUUUAAGGAAUCAACACGAUUUUGUCAUCAUGGAAUAACUUCAAUAUUCACGAAGAACAUUGUAUUAAAAAAAUACCGAGACGUAGAUACCGAGCUUUAAUGCGAAAGACGAAGAAACUUGUCUCGUCAUUGUUCAUCGUGGUGUAAAGCCGCGUGCCACAACACGAGGACGAAACUUAAUUCUUGUCAUCGUUCGGGAGCGACAUUUCUGUUGGUGACAUCGUAAGGGUAGUGUCGAGCAACGUUGUUCAGGCAUUCUUUAACAGGUUUUGAAUCUUUCUCGGAAACUUUUCAGUUAGCUCUGUCGGAAAAGGACUCUCCCCGAAGUUCGUCAAGCUGGAACGAGGGCAUUACCGGUAAUAAUUUGAGUUAGUAGCAGUGAAAUCUUGUUACUUUGCUUUUCCACCACUGUGAAUCCUGAGAAGAAACUACGAUACGAUCGUCGAGUAACGUGCCAAACUGUCGUCGCAAAAGUGAUUGAUUCUCAUGGCAGCACGGAAACUUGCAGCCCUCUUCACCGCAGUUCUGCAUCUUUGCUUAUGUCAAAUAACUCCAGAACCAUUGCCAGAAUUUUUAGCUCCUUUGGAGAAUCACACGGUGAUCCAGGGCCGUGACAUCUUCUUCACUUGUGUCGUGAAUAAUCUACAUUCGUACAAGGUGGCUUGGAUGAAGUCAGAUUCUCGUGCAAUUUUGGCAAUACAUACACAUUUAAUAGCACAUAAUCCAAGACUCUCGGUUACGCAUAAUGGACAUAACACGUGGAAAUUGCACGUAUCGAAUGUUCAGAAAAAUGAUUCCGGUGCUUACAUGUGCCAAAUCAACACGGAACCUAUGCGAAGUCAGAACGGAUACGUGGAAGUGGUGAUACCACCGGAUAUAAUAGACGAUAAAUCUGCCGAAGGUAUGGUAACUCACGAAGGUGGUGAAAUAAAGUUAAAAUGCGUUGCAACCGGUUCACCGGAACCUACCGUCACAUGGAAACGAGAAGAUGGACGGAAUAUCAUUCUUCGAGAAGAUGGACAGAAGCAAUCGUUAAAAUCUUACGAAGGUGAAACUUUAGAAUUAACUGGAGUUCUUCGACAAGAAAUGGGCACGUAUCUUUGCAUAGCUAGCAACAAUGUACCUCCAACAGUCAGCAAACGUUACUCUGUACAAGUUCAUUUUUCACCUGUUAUAAAAGUAACAAAUCAAUUAGUAGCAGCUCCAGUCAACAGUGAUGUUGUUCUUCAAUGCCAUGUUGAAGCUUCCCCACAAGCAUUGAAUACUUGGCAUCAAAAUACAGGUGAAAAACUACUGCCCAGUGAAAAAUAUACAAUGUCGGAAUAUGCAUUGAACGAGUAUUCUUGGCAAAUGAACCUUACAGUUAACUCUUUGGAGAAAAAAGAUUUUGGAGAGUAUGUUUGCUCAUCUGUAAAUGCUCUUGGAAAAGCUGAUGGGAUUGUUCGUUUGCAAGAAUUACAUCUUGUUGCGAAAACAACUCCUGGCCCUUUCUUAAAAAUAACCGAUCUGAAACCUCGGAAGAAACUUAUAUCGAAAGGGAAGAAAAAGAGUAGUAAUAACAAUGGAAGGAGGAUGCAUAUAGGAGGUUUCGAAGAUUUUGACUCUCAUGGACACGAUGAAGAUCUUGGUACUACGCAAAUUAUGGCUGGUAGUACGCUUCAAGAAGGCCAUAGAACAGAAAGGCCAUUGGUAUCGCCAUCGCUACCUCCACCAUGGUUAAAUAUUAACACUGCCAAUUCGAGGCAUCGUUUGGAACAGAUCACGCUAUUUUUAUUAAUCUUAAGUAUGAUAUUUAUACUUUAAAAUAAAUACGUUAUUGAGAGAGAGAAAAAUAUAACAACGAAAUUAAUAUUGACAAAGAGUUAAAACGACUCGGGAAUAAGAUAGGAAAUAAUAAUUAUAUUUGAUUAAUUUCUAUAUAACUAGAAGAAUUUUUUUUAUAUUAAAAUGUAAGAAAUGUAUCGUUUUUACGACUGUGAUAAAGACGAACGAUUUAUAAUAAUUUAUAUUUAUUUAUGUAUAUUUAUUUGCGAUUAUUGGGGACAAAUUUAGAAUUCGUGUAUACAAUUUGAGAAUCUCUUAUAAUUAUAAUUUUAUUAUUUUUAUUAAAUCCUUAAUAAUUCUUCUUUGCCAAAUCAUUAUCUUAAGAACGAUAAUAUAUAGUAAUAGAAAGAGCAAAGUUUAACAUAUCUCAAUAAGUUAAACUUAUAAGCUUUAAAAUGUUCCCGAUCGUUUAAGAAAAGUCAUUGAUUAAAUGAUAGUAAUUAAUUGCUUUAUAAAAGUGAUUAGUCACCAACGUUUACAAUAAAAUUAAAGUUUAGAAAGGACAGUCAAUGAAGAUUUAAUUCUUAUGGAGACAAAAAAAAAUAUAGGUCUUCCCUUCAUUUGACGAAACAAAGAUGAAUAUAUAUAUAUAUAUAUACAUAUUUAUAUAUACAUUUAGAUUUAAUGAGAUGCGGCGCGACCAACAUGACAAGGUUUCUCUUAACGAUGUAAAUAUUUACAUGAAUAGUCUAUGAAUUUAAAUUGACACACUAAGUAUUAGAUUUCAAUUACGACGAAAAACAUUACAUAAAUUUUAGAUAAAUUGUAAUUUAAGAAAGUCUUCAUAUCAAAGCAAAUUUUGUCGAUAUGGAUUCUAAACAUUUAAAAUA